CGUUGGUUUUCACUGGGGUAAGGAACAUGGCUUUGCAAGGGAGACUUUUUUGUCGUGGAAUAAUGCAUAAUAUGAAGAUUUCCAGGACUUUUUCUCACCGUACACCUACUCUAGCUGUAUUUAACACAAAUGAUAUACAUAGAAGUACAUGGGAAAACAAAUAUUUGUUAAAAUGUUCCUUACUACGUAAAACAAACCAGUCACUCUUCAAUGUUUGUUACUUCUGUACAAAAUCUCCAUUAACUCUUGAUGUUAUUCGAGAUAGAGUGCUUGUAGUCCUGAAACUGUAUGACAAAAUAGAUUCUGAAAAGUUAAAUCUACAGUCCCACUUCAUGAAUGACUUGGGUCUGGACAGUUUAGAUCACGUGGAAGUUAUCAUGGCAAUGGAGGAUGAGUUUGGUUUUGAAAUCUCAGAUACUGAUGCAGAACAACUUUUAACACCUGCGGACAUUAUUAAAUACAUAGCAGAUAAAGAAGAUGUAUAUGAAUAACAUGAGGUUAUGAAGAUGUUUUAAAAAAUCUAGUCUAGGACUUUCCAAAUGCUUCGGAGCUUUGCUAUCAGAGAAAACUGAGAAGUAGAUGCUAGUAUGUUAUCAUACUUAGUUUUAUGUAGUUACUAUGUGACAAUAAAAUCAAGAUCAUCACAGUC